GACUAAUAGAAAUGUGAAAAGAAGACGUGGGCGGAGUUGGAUCAGGUCCGGCUCCGCCCCUUUGGACUUCUGGUUCUGAAGCGAGUGAUAUUUGGACUGAGGUCGCCGCUCUGCUUCGGUCAGCAUUUCUGUUCUUAUUAACUGUUUUUCACGGAGCUCCUAAUUCACUGACCCUGAACUUUACCCAGUCUGCUCACACGCACGCGCUGAGAAGCGAUAUUACUAAGCUGGCUUUCUCUUCGCCAGCGUGUUCGGAUUUCCCCGGUCCACCUUAAAUGGCGCUGCAUUACAUUCUGGCGCCUGAGGCGCUGCAAUAUUACUGCUGCGCCGUUUAAGGUGGAACGGGGAAAUUUGAAGGAAAAGCUGACUUCAGCUCCACAGCUUCCUGUUGUGUUUUCAGGGCGCAGAGCUCACUAUGGAGAUCACGUUCACCGGCAAACGGGCCUUAGUGACCGGAGCUGGGAAAGGGAUCGGCAGGGCCACCGCACUCGCUCUCGCGCGUUGCGGUGCUGACGUCACUGCUGUCACACGCACCAAGGCGGAUUUGGAGAGUCUUGUGCAGGAGUGUCCUUCCAUCAAGCCGGUGUGUGUUGACCUGUCGGACUGGGACGACACGGCGAAUGCGCUGAAGGACGUGGGGCCGAUCGAUCUGCUGGUAAACAAUGCAGCCUAUGGUAACCUGCAGCCCUUUCUGGAGGUCACGCAGGACCGGUUUGACAGGUCCUUCAAUGUGAACGUGAAAGCUGCACUGCACGUCGCACAAAUUGUGGCCAGAGGAAUGAAGGCCAGGGGAACCGGCGGCUCCAUUGUGAACGUGUCCAGCCAGGCUGCGCAGCGCGCCUUAAAAGACCAUGCAGUUUACUGCGCCACCAAAGGAGCUCUUGACAUGCUGACGAGGGUGAUGGCUCUGGAGCUGGGGCCGUACCAGAUUCGAGUGAACUCCGUGAACCCCACUGUGGUGAUGACGGACAUGGGUAAAAUAGCAUGGAGUGACCCGGAGAAGGCCAAGACCAUGAGAUCACGUAUCCCGCUGGGCAAAUUUGCUGAGGUGGAAGAUGUGGUCAACUCCAUCUUGUUCCUUCUCAGUGACAAGAGUGCCAUGACCAACGGAGUGACCCUGCCAAUCGAUGGAGGCUUCCUGGCCAGCUAGAUCCUCAGCUGAGCUCAUCUUCACUGCAGUUAGAUGACAGUUCAGAGAAUCCUGAAGGAAAAUGUUAGGUGCAAAGUUCUUGUAUGGUGUAACGAAUUACAGACAUUAGCUCAAUAAUAUAUAAUGUGAACUAACAAGGAAUCAACCCUCCUGGCUGUACAGAAGAACACAUAUUUCACACAAUGAAACACUGAGAAAACAUCUUAAACAUCUGUCCGUUUUGGUAAAGGCUCAUCAGUCACUAUUCUGACAAGGUUUUUCCGCCCAGCUGUGACAGAUGAUUUUGGGUUACUGAGUUGUAGUACCACUGAUAACCAGUAGAGGGUGAAUGCUAAAAGCUAAUCAAAGUGGUCUUUCUAGUUUGGUUUCCAGUAAAGUUUAAUGAACAUUUUCCUACUCAAAUAGUUUUCCCUCUUUACUGUUCUCUCUGCCACCACUGAGGAUAAUAAAAACUUAAAAGCUUUAAUAUUUCAAAAAAAUAUAGCUGAUAUGUAAGCAAUAUGUAAAAAAAAAGAAAGAUGUUAAAUGUUUGUCCAGGCUACCCAAAUCACAGUGCUGGACAGUGAAACAGCAAAUGUUUUUAGAAAGAUGAAGGAUGUUCAAAGCAUUAGGAACUCUUAAGUUGGCUGUAAAGAUGUUUGACAACCAGAAAUAAAGUCAAGAAAUCAAGCAACAAGUCUGA